CACUCAUCACUCCAUCACUGGCCUACCCGAGGAAGAGUACCCGAGGAGAACAACAGUGAUUUACCUACUACAACAGUUAAGAGUCCUAUAGUGUCUGUUCCCGAGUGUCAACUUGUCUUAUUUUCUCACCCUUUCUCCGUUUAGAUACAAGCAGCACCACCAUCAUCACCACGAUGAAGCUUCUGAUCAUCUUUGCACUACUUUGUGUCGCCCUCUCUGCUAGGGCAGCAGCAGUUCCUGUGGAGAGCGAUGCUGUUGUGGUAGAAGAGACAAAAACUGCCCCAGAGGAGGCUGUUGAGGUUGAGGCUCCUGCAGCAGAGGAGGCUGUUGAGGUUGAGGCUCCUGCAGCAGAGGAGGCUGUUGAGGUUGAGGCUCCUGUAGCAGAGGAGGCUGUUGAGGUUGAGGCUCCUGUAGCAGAGGAGAAGCUGAGGGACGCCCCAGAGGAGGAUGUACCGACUGAGGCUGUUAAAGAGGUGGCUGCGGCACCUGAAGCGGCACGCAGGUUCUGCCCUGACGGAUGGUUCAGCUACCAGUCCAAGUGUUACAUGUUUGUGAACACUCCUCGGUCCUGGUUCGGAGCUGAGGAACAUUGCAAUGAACUGGGCGCCAGCCUGGCCUCUGCCAGCUCCUCCCCCGAGUAUCGUUACCUGCAACAGAUAACCAGAACAGCCAACAGAGCCACCGCCUGGAUAGGUGGAUUCUACCUCCAGGUGAGAGAAAGGGUUGCCCGACAUAGGAUAUUGGAUGUGGAUCGACCGCUCAGGAAUGUAUUACACCAACUGGUACAGCCAGAGCACCGCAACCAGCAACUCCUGCAUGUACCUGCAAUCUGCUGUGGGCCAGGGCUGGAGGAACCUCGGAUGUGGCACACAAUACCCAUUCAUCUGCGUGCACAACUAUCGCUGUUAGUCAACAAGAUAUUGUUAAUUGCUUGACACCUUUUCAAACUGCUUUCAACAUUGGCUUUGUUUACUACUGACUGUAAGUGACUUUAUGUGUUCGCCAAAGGGCUAAAUGUGAUGCAAUUUCAAAUGUAAUUGCCCACUUUAUGUACCUCAACCUGUAUUGUUGUCCUGUAAUAAACAUUUUUUAUGACAUUGCA